GCGGAGACCAUGUUAGGCCACCACUAUCCCAACGUUGACAAGUCGCAACAACUGGCAAACUACGUGGAAGAUUAUCUGGAAUGCGUGGAGUCCCUGCCUUUGGACAUACAAAGAAAUGUUUCUGUGCUCCGGGAAAUCGACGCCAAGUACCAAGAAGUGCUGAAAGAGGUGGACGAAGUCUUCGAGAAGUACAAGGCGGAGCAGGACGGGGGCCAGCGAAAGCGCCUGCAGGUCCAGCUGCAACGGGCGCUCAUCGUCAGCCAGGAGCUGGGCGACGAGAAGAUUCACGUGGUGACCCAGAUGACAGAGUUGGUGGAGAACCGCUCGCGCCAGAUGGACUCUCAUUCCCUGUGCCUCCAAGAACCCCGCGAGCCCGAAAGGCCGGCGACGGAGCGCCGCGCUAAUGUCCAGGAGCCGCCCGCCGGCGCCUCCGCCGGCGCGGCGGCGACGGCCGCCGGUGCUGACCGCGCCUCGGCCCGUCGCCCGCGACGCCAGCGCAACAGCGAGAGCCGAGACUCCGGCCACCCGUCGGCCAACGGUUCGGCGGCGGACGACGCCGCGGACGAGCCGCCCGUCCCGCUUCCCAGAGAGAAGUCCAAGUCUAAGUCCACCAAGAAAAAGAAGCGCAAGUCCAAGCAGGAGCGAGACGCUUCGCCGGUGGACUUUGCCAUCGACCCCAACGAGCCCACCUACUGUUUGUGCGAGCAGGUGUCUUACGGCGAAAUGAUCGGUUGCGACAACGACCAGUGCCCCAUCGAGUGGUUCCACUUCUCCUGCGUGGGUCUGACCUACAAACCCAAGGGCAAGUGGUACUGUCCCAAAUGCAGGGGGGACAACGAAAAGACCAUGGACAAAAGUCUGGACAAGAACAGAAAAGACCGCCGUUCCAGGUAG